UAGGCAGAUGGUGCGGGGUUUCUCUCUGUUUUUUCGAAAGCUAAACAGCAGACGCGGGGUUCCCUCUCUCUCUCUCAACGCAACGACGAUGACAUUGCUGAGCUUGAGAAAAACCAUCGUUAAUGGCGGGUUUCAUUGCGCUGGUUCAGCAAUCAAAAGGCGCCUCUUUUGCAGCAAAACGUCAUUAUUCUCAGAGACGAGGGUGUUGAGCUUUGGAGAUGGAAGCCAUGGCGCACUUGGACUUCCCUUCGGUUAUGGGGUCGAUGGUUAUGAGCCCACACCAGUUGCAGGUCUUCCUGAACGUGAAGUUUGCUAUGUGGGUUGCGGCCAUUACCACUCUCUGGCUCUUACUUGCGAUGGAGAGGUGUGGUCAUGGGGUAGAAACGAUGAGGGUCAGCUUGGAAGAGGCCUCUCAGCACCCAGGGAUAGUUGGAACCAGCCCAAAAAGGUAGAAGGAUUGGAUCAUGUGAAAGCUCGAGCUGCUUUUGCAUCUGGUGUGGUUUCUACAGUGAUAGGUGAUGAUGGUUCUUUGUGGGUGUGGGGGAAAUCCAAGCGAGGACAGCUUGGUCUUGGUAGAGGAGUAACUGAGGCUUCUCGGCCCACUCAGAUUGAAGCACUUUCAAGAGUAGAAAUAGUGAAGGUAGCUCUUGGGUGGGGGCAUACCUUUGCUCUUGCCAAAGAUGGGAGGGUCUUUGGUUGGGGUUAUUCAGCCAAUGGAAGAUUGGGACAAGUAGGGAACAUGGAGCCAUCUUCAUUACCAAGUUUCACUUCUCCUGUAGUUAGAAAUGUCACUGAAGACACUAGUUCAUUGCUACAAGUUGCAGAGAAGCUCGUCUCAGAUGAUAUGGAAAAGGAGAAAGAUAUGCCCAUUAUUUGGGAACCAUCUCUUUUGCCAGAUUUAAUUGGUGUUGAUGUUGCCGAUAUUGCGUGUGGCUUUGAUCAUUCUUUAAUUCUCAGCAGAAAUGGUUCUCUCUUGAGCUGUGGAAACAAUACAUAUGGCCAGCUAAGUAGGACUUCAGGGGAAUCAAGCCUGGGCCCCGUUGAUAUAAAGGAACACCAAAUUAUAGGCAUUUCUGCUGGUCUAGGUCAUUCCCUUGCCUUGUGCCGUCAAUCGUUAGAAUCAGGCUAUGAGAUUUUUUCAUGGGGAUGGAAUCAAAAUUAUCAGCUUGGUAGAUCAGGUGUGAAUGAUUUGCCGUUAAAGGUGGUGGGUUUGGAAGGUGAGGAUAUAGUGUCUGUAUGUGGAGGGCGUGUGCAUUCACUCGCACUUAGUUCGAUGAAGGAAGUGUGGGCAUGGGGUUGUGGUAAGAAUGGGAGGCUCGGGUUAGGGAGCUCGAGGGAUGUAGCAGAGCCCUCAUUGGUGGAAUGUCUUCAAGAUAUGGAGGUAAUUCAAAUCUCGUCAGGUCUCGAUCACAGUCUAAUCCUUGUAGCAGGUCACAGUUGAUAGCCAGCCAAAUAAGCAUGGAGCCCAUGGGGAAAGCAUAUAAAACUCAGCCUGCAUGUGGUAGAGGGACACAACCCGGCACUCCACCAAAUUGAUAGUGUAGGAAGUGUAAUAUUGUAAAGCUUGUUAUGGCCCUUUUUUGGUGGCAUGGUUUGGUUGCUCUUGUAAAUCAGUCUUUUUGCAUUAAUGGUUUGGAUCAGAUUGUCUAAUGUUGUGAAGGAGUGGCACCAAAGGCUGACCUUUUUGUGGGGUUUUGCUUUUCUGUCAAUAUUUUGAGCUUCUCAAUUUCUGACAUGAGAAACAAAUCCUUGGAGGAAAAACUUUAUUUAGUUCUUUGAUGGCGAUGGAUGGCACCCCACAAGUGAU